GCCGUCAGUGAUGGGUAUUGUGUUUUUAUUUGUGUUUUUGUUCUCUUUUCUUGCCCCAAAAAAAUGUCUCAGCCGUCUUUUACGAGUACUCCCACACAGAAAAAGCUCCGAUUCCGUGGUGACUACAAUCCCUUGUCCUUCCCCGAUAGUCGGGUUGAGGAUUUUCUGGACGAAGUUGACGGGAGAAAUACAAAAAAUGGUGAUAUUUCGGGUGCAAAAGGUGGUGGGAAAUCCACCGGACAGGCAUCCCUGUAUGAUUUUCUAAAAGUCGAACUCACACGGGGCUACAUGUUGGAGCAUGACGAGGAACGUUACAGCGCCAGAAGGCAGAAAAUUUAUGCCUUCAUGAAGAUUCCCCGGGAGGUGGAAUCAUUCAUUUUCUACGGAGUUCUUCAGUGUGCCGACUCCUUCCUCUACAUCCACACAUUUCUUCCCGUGCGCUACCUCCUGGCCAUGUGGGCCAUCAUCUAUCGCCCAAUUGCCAGUUGCUUCGGGUUGAGACGAAGGAAACGUCGCUUACUGGCACCUGCGGAGGUGUGUGAUCUCCUGAAGGGUUCAAUCUGGAUCAUCUGUACCCUCCUCAUGGUGUCUUUUGUGGACACAAGUCGCAUGUAUCACAUCAUCAAGAGUCAAUCCAUCAUCAAACUCUACAUCUUCUACAACAUGCUCGAAGUGGGGGAUCGGUUACUAUCAGCCUUUGGCCAGGAUGCAAUUGAUGCCCUCUUCUGGACAGCAACAGAACCCAAAACAAGUCGUCGACAGCAUCUGGGGAUAAUUCCUCAUUUCUGCUUUGCCCUCAUCUAUGUCAUUGUUCACAGUGGACUCAUUAUGUUCCAAGCGACGACACUCAAUGUGGCCAUCAACUCUAGCAAUAAGGGCCUCCUCACUAUUAUGCUAUCCAAUAACUUUGUAGAGCUCAAGGGGAGUGUUUUUAAGAAGUUCGACAAGAACAACCUCUUCCAGCUCACAUGCAGCGAUGUCCGGGAGAGAUUUCAUCUUUCAAUGCUCCUCCUGAUUGUGAUCAUUCAAACGAUGAAAGAGUUCAACUGGGAAGUUGAACAAUUCCUUCUUAUGCUACCUGAUUGUGCCUACGUAUUCAUCGCAGAGUUCCUCAUUGAUGCACUAAAGCAUGCCUUUAUCACGAGAUUCAAUGAACUUCCCUUGGAAGUUUACAAAGAAUACACCCUCAGUCUGGCCUAUGAUAUGACACAGACGCGCCAGAAGCAUGCCUUUUCAGAUCACAGUGAUCUUGUGGCACGUCGGAUGGGAUUUAUUCCUUUCCCCCUCAGUGUGGUGCUCAUAAAAGCUGUGUACAAUGCUCUAUCGUUCGACUCCUGGGCUUCUAUAUUGCUCUUUAUCCUGGGCUACCUUGUUCUCGUUCAACUUCGUGUACUCAACAUGAUUGUAGCACUGGGAAAGGCUUGUGAUCUUAUGAAGAAGCAUCAGGAUGAGAAGAAUAAUGUGCCAUCGACACCACAAGUGCCCAAGAGUCGCAAUGUCACGGACACAGCUACAUCUCCUGUCCACAACUACCCACUGCAGCGUUCAAAGACAAUCGACGGGGUGCCUGAUAAGAAAGCGAGUGCAGGAAAAAUUCCGGAAGAUUCCAGCAAUUUAGGUGCAACGGCACUCUUCUCAAAUAGCGACGUGGACCUCGAGGGGGUGUGCCUGAAUGAGAAUCUCCUCAAUGAGUCCGAUGAGGUCUUCCAGGAUGAUUUCUCCAUGACACGCAGUGUUCCGGAUCUACAGAAGCGUGGCAUUGGUAAGGGGGAAGAUGAUGAGUCGGGAGAGGAGCCCACUGGCAAUCGGACACACAAGAGAUCUGAGUCAGAGCCAUCAAUUCAGAGUGUACUACAACAGGCCAACUCAACGGCUGGUGGUGUUGGAACGAAUACAGAGAGAACGUGACCCAACUAGAGAGAUCCUUUCAGCAAAAUCCAAAAUAUAUCACAACUCACAAAUUACAGGUAAACUUUAAUUUUGCUUUUAUUGCCUUUCUCCCACAACUUAAGCGCUUUGAUGCUAAAAGAUAAUCAAUCACAAUCUUUUUUCUUCUUUAACUUAACAGAGAUAAUAAAUUAAAGAAAGAGUGCCAAAGGAAAACUUAUCAGAUAAAACAAAAAAAAAAUGAAAAUCCCUUUUGUAAAAUUUUAUCUCUCAUAAAAAGGAAAACGGAAAAUUUCUCAGCAUACAGAAAUAGCACGAAAAUUCCUUCGAUAUCUCACAUAACUUAUACAAGAUUUACAUGAAAUCUCUGUACGAAAAUAGCUGUAAGGAAAAUUGCGUUGAAGACUGGCACGCUAUUGAAUUAUGAUUUUUUUUUUAUUAUAGUACUGUCUCUAUGUUUUCCCUUUGAUUUAAAAAAAAAUAUACGUGCUUUCUGCAAGCGUGCUUUAUGCUCUAUGGAAUUGAAAGGAUGUUAUCUAAAAAUAUCCAUCUACCCCAUUAUUAAACUUACAGUGGAGUGCAAGGGUUGUUCAAUGUAUGAGGGGUUGUUCUUGUUAUAGAAUUGUAAAAAGUUCUAGAAUGUUUGUCUAUAUCACGAAAUAGAACACGACCAAUAUUUUAUUUUCAUUAUUUACAAACAUUAAAAAUUGUUAUUUUAAGUGUUUUGAAUUGAAUUAAAAAUUGGAGGAAAAUAUUUUAAAGAAAAAUGCAAGAAAAGAUACAACCCUUGGCCAGAAUAUUGAUUGCACAAGUCCUUCAGAAAACUUCUUGCACCAAAUAACUACUUUAAGAAGUCUGAGAAUUUUGUAUUUUUAUCUUCUUUUAUUGUAUUUUUUUUAUUCAUUUCUAAAUUAGAUUUUAGCGUAUCCUAUAUUAGUUUCUUUUUGAAUUUCAUGUAUAAUUCAGUGAGAAGUUUGUUUUUCGAGCACUUUUGGGAUUAUUUUGCUUUGUGAUUUAUUAAUAUGUUCCGUUUUUGCGUGAUUUUUUCCAUUUUUAUUAUCAUUUAGAACGAAAAUUUUCUUUUUCCAAUUUCUUCUCUUCAACCUUGUUGAUUUACUUAAAAAAAACAAAGAAAUCUGUACGUUAUAGUAGUUAAUUUAUUGUACAAAAAAGACAUUUAAUUGGGAUAAUAAUGCUAUUUUUGUAAAUGAAAAAGCUUCACGUGAAAAGCACGAAAGAAUUGAAUUGAAUUAAAUCAUAUUUUGUAGUUAUAAUUUAUUGUUGAGAAAAUAAAAUUGCUGUGUAUCAA